UCUGACGUCACUAACAUUUUUGGCGGGGACUUUUUGUUGUUAAAAAUUUUUGUAAUUUCUUAGGUAAUUUACUCAUGAAUUAUCUGUCUUAUGUAAAAUCAUGGAAGACAUACAGAACAAAUUAAUGCCCUACAUUUGUGAUGCUAACAGUGCAGUUCAAUUUAAGCUUGUUAAAAGUAAAGAGGAUUUAGAAACAGAUGAUGGAUUUUUCUUCCCUGAUAUGUCGCACCAAAUAUUUGGUGAAAAAGAACAAAUUUUCGGAUUCACAGAUUUAAAAUUGCGAAUAUAUUACACAGCGAGCUCAUUACAGAUUCAUACAAAGCUGUUAUAUGGAAGAAAGAUUAACCCAGAACAGUUUGAUGGAGUCAAAGCAGAUGAUAUUAUGAAAAGUGUGCGCGAAGUCUUACCAGCCAACGUUAUUGAGAAUGUGGAUGAUUUUUCAAAAAAACUCGAUGGGGAACCAAAUUUUAAACCGUUCGGAGAAAUAAUUUACAAUUACACUCGACAGCAAAAAGGAAAAUCAACAAAACGAAACUUCGAAAUUUACAAGGCAGACAUGACAAACCCAAAUUUCAAGGAAUAUCAUCAACGAAUAGAAAGUUUUAUUCUCUGGUUUAUUGACGCUGCGUGUUUUAUUGAUUCCGACGAUGAUAAAUGGGAUUUCUACGUUGUAUUUGAAAAGUGCACAGAAGGAGGGAUAACCUCGCAUUUAUUUGUUGGAUAUUCAACUUGUUACAGAUUCUAUGCUUACCCUGACAAAAUACGACCACGAAUAAGCCAAGUACUGGUUCUUCCACCAUACCAAAGGCAAGGUCACUGCACUGAGUUAAUCACGGCCAUCUAUCAACAAUAUGUUCCUAAGGCAGCUGUGUUAGAUAUAACAGCUGAAGACCCGUCAGAAAAUUUUCAACGUGUUCGUGAUUUUAUCGAUUCAAAGAAUUGUUUAAAAUUACCAGAGUUUCAGGAUUCAAAGCUGGGCCAAAAGUUCUCAAAAGAAAUGCGAAAAGCAGCUCAAGAAAAAUAUAAAAUUAACAGGCGCCAAGCACGCAGAGUUUAUGAAAUACUACGACUCCGCAUAACACCAGAGAAUGAUGACGUAGCAUUCACAAAAUAUCGGCUUGCAGUUAAAUCACGACUCAACGAACCAAUGAGGAAUGAGUCUCUGCGAAAAAAAAGUCAUCUUUUGCCAGCAUCACUUGUUCCUCCUAAAGAAGAGCGACUUCUGAUGUUGCAACGAGAGUUUGAGACUUGCCUCCACGAAUAUAAAAAAGUUAUUACCCGGCUCGAUAUCUCAGCGUAAACAGUUCCUUUUUCUCCAUUGCACAUAUCGCUAAAUACAUAAAUCAACACAAUGU